AGGGAAGUAGUCGGCAAGAGAAAGUGAAGUGCUAUUCUCAAAGAUAGCGGUGAGAGUUCGCUAUUUGUUAAGGAAAAAAGAGAAGUUAAUUAAAGACGAACUCAGAUGGAGUUGGGAAGCAUAAUCGAGUUCCUUGAGGGCAAGACCAUCUUUGUCACUGGCGCCACUGGUUUCCUUGCAAAAAUUUUUGUAGAGAAGAUAUUGAGGGUUCAACCGAAUAUAAAGAAACUUUAUCUUCUUGUGAGAGCUGAGGAUAUAGAAUCUGCCACUCAGCGCAUGCACGACGAGAUCAUAGGAAAGGACUUGUUUAGAUUGCUCAAGAAAAAUCUAGGACCAAAAUUCAAUUCCUUUCUCUCCGAAAAAUUAGCUGCAAUUCCUGGAGACAUUUCACAAGAGAACCUGAAUUUGAAGGACUUCAUUUCCAAGGAAGAGAUUUACAAUCAUCUUGAUGUUAUAAUUAAUGUAGCCGGAGCAACUAAAUUUGAUGAAAGAUACGAUGUCGCAUUGGGCACAAAUACAUUAGGAGUUAAACAUAUCUUAGAUUUUGCCAAAAGAUGUAUUAAAUUGAAGGUGCUUGUCCAUUUAUCAACAGCUUAUGUAUGUGGGGAGAGAGGAGGACUCAUAGUAGAGAAUCCACACAACUUGGGUGUGUCACUGAAUGGAGUACUGGGAUUAGAUAUUGACAUGGAAAGGAAAGUGAUAGAAGACAGCUUGAAUCAGCUUCAAGAAAAAGAAGCCACAAAAGAAGAAAUUAAAGUUGCCAUGAAAGAUCUAGGCAUUAAGCGAGCAAAUAAAUAUGGAUGGCCAAACACAUAUGUGUUUACAAAAGCAAUGGGAGAAAUGCUCUUAUGGCAUAUGAAAGGAGACAUGCCUCUUUCCAUUAUACGUCCUACAAUGAUUACAAGUACUUAUAAAGAACCCUUCCCUGGCUGGAUUGAAGGUGCAAGAACUAUAGACGGAAUAACCGUUGCUUAUGGUAAAGGAAAAUUGAGGUUCUUCCUUGCAAGCCCUGAGGGAGUUAUAGACAUGAUACCAGCCGAUUUGGUGGUUAAUGCAAUGAUAGUGGUGUUGGUGGCUCAUGCAAACCAACCAAAGCAUAUCAUAUAUCAUGUGGGUUCCUCUAUUAGCAAUCCAAUCAAAUACCGUAGUCUCCCAGACUAUGGUUACAGAUAUUUUAAGGCAAAACCAUGGAUAGACUUGCAUGGAAAGCCCGUCAAGGUUUGCAAAGGAAUCAUGUUGGAUAGCAUGGUUAGCUUCCGUAGAUUUAUGUUUCUUCGCUACCAGCUUCCCUUAAAGGUACUAGAACUAGUGAAUGCAGUGUUAUGCCAGUAUUUUCGAGGACUAUGUGAUGACCUAAACAGGAAGAUUCAUCUUGUCAUGAGAUUAGCUGAACUUUACAAGCCUUAUGUGUUUCUGGAUGCAGUAUUUGAUAACAUGAAUACAAUGAAGUUGCUAUCAGCGGCAAGAGAGGGUGAGGUGGAGAUGGACUUGUUCAACUUUGACCCAAAAAUUAUUGAUUGGGAAGACUACUUCUUAAAUGUUCAUCUUCCUGGCAUUGCCAAGUAUGUCAUGAAGUGAUAUGAUAUAUGGCAUGUACUAUUUGCAG